UGUUUUUUUUUUUUUUUUUUNUCCAUCAUUUUCGCAAUGGACAAGUACGAGAAGCUGGAGAAGGUCGGCGAGGGCACUUACGGCAAGGUUUACAAGGCGAUGGAGAAGGCGACGGGUCAGGUGGUGGCGCUGAAGAAGACGCGGCUGGAGAUGGACGAGGAAGGCGUGCCCCCGACGGCUCUGCGCGAGGUCUCCCUUCUCCAGAUGCUCUCUCAGUCUCUCUACGUCGUCCGCCUCCUCUGUGUCGAACACGUCGACGGCAAGGACGGAAAGCCCCUUCUCUACCUUGUCUUCGAGUACCUCGACACCGAUCUGAAGAAGUUCAUUGACUCCCACCGCAAGGGUCCAAACCCUAGGCCGCUCCCCCCGCAGUUGCUCCAGAGCUUCCUCUAUCAGCUCUGCAAAGGCGUCGCGCACUGCCACAGCCAUGGAGUCCUCCACCGCGAUUUGAAGCCCCAAAAUCUGCUCCUCGACAAGGACAAGGGUAUACUCAAAAUCGCAGAUCUUGGCCUCGGAAGGGCUUUCACUGUACCCCUCAAGAGCUACACGCACGAGAUAGUGACUCUAUGGUACAGAGCGCCUGAGGUCCUUCUUGGAUCCACUCAUUACUCUACGGCUGUUGAUAUGUGGUCUGUUGGCUGUAUAUUUGCUGAGAUGGCUAGAAGGCAAGCUUUGUUUCCAGGAGAUUCUGAGUUUCAGCAACUGCUCCAUAUUUUUAGGUUGCUAGGAACCCCAACUGAGAAGGAGUGGCCAGGUGUUAGCUCGUUGAGGGAUUGGCAUGUUUAUCCUCAGUGGGAACCUCAGAACUUAGCUCUAGCAGUUCCAGCAUUGGGACCAGAUGGCGUUGACCUUUUAUCGAAGAUGCUGAGAUAUGAUCCGGCUGACCGGAUUUCGGCCAAAGCUGCUCUGGACCAUCCCUAUUUUAACAGCUUGGACAAAUCUCAGUUCUGAAAUCUUCUUUUCCAGCAUUGUGAAGGAAUUUAAUUGUCUUUCAAUUUCUGGGAAAAGGCAGUUGGAAGAAUGUCAUCAUCUUGGUGAUUUCAAGUCGUUCAUUUGGCUUUUAACUUUAAUUUGCAUUGUAUCCUUCAAACGCAUCUUCAAACUGAAAGCAAACAUUGUGGUGUUAUCUUUUUCAUGUUUUCAACAUUGUGAUGUUCUCUCCCUAUUAUUAUCAAUGUACUAAGUUUAUUAUAAAUGUAAUUGUUUGUGAGUGUAUUGGCUUGUCACAAAUGUAUUUUAAUGUUGG